AUUAAUAUUAUUAAUUUCUUAAAGAAUAUUUUUAAAGAAAACAAUAGUAAUAAUAGCAAUAUUAAUCAUGAAAUCAAUAUUGAACAAAAUCAACUAUUAGUUUCAAGUUUAUUUUUAUUAACACCAAAUUUAAAUAAAAAUAAUAUUUUAAAAGAAAUUUUCAACUAUUUAAAUAAUAAUGAAAAUAAUAAUAAUAAUAACUUUCAUAUCUUUUUAUUAUCAAUAGUCUAUAGUAUUAUUAAAUAUAAUAAUAAUAAUAAUAACAAUAUAGAUAAUAAUGAAAUAAUUUAUAAUAUUAUUAAAUUCUAUAGUAAUCAAAUUAUUAAUGAAAAUAAUAUAAAUAAUAAUAGUGUUAAUGAAAAUAAUAUUAAAAUAAUUUCAAAAUUAAUUUCAAAAAUUCAAAAUUUAAUUUUUAAUAAUGAAAUUUAUUUAAUGAUAAAUAAAUUAAUAGAUGGCGUCAAUAAUAAUAAUAGCAAUAGUAAUAAAUUUGGUUUGCAAUUAGUAAAUGGUAUUUUAAAUGAUGGCGAUAUCAGUAUUAAAGAUAAAGAGAGAAUGUGUAUCGAAUUUUAUCCAACUUUAAUUCCAACUGUAAUAGAAAAUUUAGAGAAUUCAACAAUUAUUAAUCAAUAUACCAAGCAACAAUCACUAUUCAUCCUUUCAAAGCUUUUACUAGAUAAAGAAAAUGUAGAAAUAAUUUCAAAGAAUGAAAAGUUAUUAAAUCUCUAUUAUGGAAGUUGGUUGCAAUUAUUAUGGAGUGCAAUUAUCAAGCAAAAAGAUAUUAAUGAAAAACUAAAGUUAUGUUUCUUUUUCCAUCAAUGCUAUUUUGACUGUUUAAUCUUCAACUUAAAAUCAAAGAAAUUAAAUGACGAAGGUACCUUUAAUAUUAUUAAAAAAGUGGACUACUGGAAUAUCCUAUUUGAAUCUUUAAUCGACAAAGAUUCUUUACCACGUAAACAAGCAAUUCAUCUCUUAAAGAAUACUGUAUCUUUACCAAGUAUGUUAUGGAAAGAAAGCUUACCAAAAGGUUGGGAACAAAAGCAAUGGAAUCUUUUCUUUUCGCUAUACGAAUGCUUUGAUGAAACCAAAUCACAUUUAUUUGUUCCAGUUUGGGUUCAAAUUCAUAAUUUAAUCAAUGCUUCAAACGAAAGAGAUAACUUUACCCAUUUCAAAGAACCAUCUUCAAUUUAUUUCUGGAUUAGAAUUCUUUAUUUCAGAGGCUUCAAUCACAUAAAUGUAAACAUUAAGAAAAGAGUUAUUGUAGAUGCCUUAGCCGAUCAGUCUAUAUUAAAACAUUUACAUCAAAUCGACUUUGUAGAGUUCCAACAACCACUCUUAAAAGCACUAGAUACAUUUGAAAUCACCGUCAAUUAUGAAUCUGAAAGAAGCAAAGAUCUUGUAGAAAGAUUAUCAAACUAUUUAAAAGUUACAGUUAAAUCAAAUUUAGAAUUAGAACAACUUUUACAAUUUAUUAGUAAAUCAACUCAAGAGGUUAAAACAAUCUUACUCUUCACCUCAAUUCUAAGUAAGCAAGCAUUAGAAUCCCAUUUAUCAGCCUCCUCAAAUAUUUUAGAGUCCAUUAGAUAUAUUUUAGUAUCACACCCAAUUCAAAACUCAAACACUCAGCUUUAUCAAAAUAUGUUCGAACUUUUAAAAUCAUUAGAUAUUUCAAAUGAACAACUAUCAUUUUCACAAAUUUCUAAAAUAAUUUCAAUGAUUCCAAGAGAGUUAAUAGAUAAUGACUUUAAAAAUCAUUGGAUGAAAUCAAAAGGCAAUUGGUUCAUUAUUAAUUUAAAAGAAGCAACCGAAAAAACAAUUACCUCUGAAAGCAAUACUCUAUCAAACAACUCAUCAUCCUCAUCAUUUGAAAAUGAAAAAGAAAAUUUAAUAGCCUUAUCAAGAGUACUUUCAAUUUGUUCAAAUGCAGAGAUUCAAGAUUAUAUCGAAAACACAAUCAUUCCAUAUAUUAACGAUAGCGAAAAAGUAAAUAGAGAUCAACAAAUGAAAUUGUUAUUACUUAUCAAUAGUAUUUUAGAAGAGCUUCAAGAGAAACAUUGGAUUAAAGUUUCAAAUCAAAUAGAACCAAUUAAAUUUACCCUAAUUAAAUUAAUAAAACAAUAUAUUGUUGAAAAGACCUAUACCCAAGAUAAUUACAACACAACCUUAACUAAAGAAGAAUCAGAAAAAAUUAUUGAUCAAUUUAAAAUGUUUGAAAUGGCCAUCAAAUUAAUAAAGAAAUUACCACACUCUGCUGAGUUUACUCAACUCUCGAACGAUAUGAAAAAUUAUAUUUUAAAUGACUCUACCUCUUUAGAUUUGAAGGGAAUUACAGUUGUACUAUUAGUUUGGAUCCAGUGUAAACAGCAACCAUUCCACCAACCACAACAACCAAUCGACCCAACAAAUACCAACAAUAUUAAUAAUGAAGUUUUAUUUAACAAGCUUUUAACAUUGGAACCAAAAUACAAGUUUGAUUCAACCAUUUCAUAUAUUUUACCAAAAUUCAUUCAAUUUAAAUGGACCAGUAUUCAUUCAAUUCUUUUUAGCUUUGCAAGUAAUACCAAAUAUUCCCAAGAAAUGACCUUUGAUUUAGCUCUAUCUGCUUUAGAUAAUGCCACUGGCUCCACCUUAAUUCCAAUCUUUGAAUGUCUCUCUAUUGUCAUCUCUUCACCAAGUUCUACAGAAAUUUUAAAUAAUGAACAUUUGAUGGAACAAUUAUUUAAACAGUCCUAUUUAGCAUUCAGCGAUAGUAAUAGAAAACCCAACAAUCUUUGUAUCGCAUUUUCAAAUCUUUUAUUCAAUUCAAUAUUAUUCGAAAACUCUGUUACCAUUCCAUUAGUAAAGAGUUAUUUAAAACAAACUUUAGAAGACUUGGGUGGUUCAGUUCGUAUUAGUUGCGGUUUAUUAAGCCAUUGUUGCGCCAUUUGGUCAAAGAAAAUAAACACACUACCAAUUUUCUUAAAUGAAAUUAUUGACCUUUGUUUGUUGACCUCCGAAGAUAAAUUAGUACUUGAAGACUCAAAUGAAAACAACGAAGAACAAUCGAGCGAUUCAUUCAAACUAUUUAAUAAUCAUGGUUAUAUUAUUAGAUGGUUUGUAUCCCAAUUAACAUCAAACGAAUGUAAACCAUUUGUCGAAACAUUAAUUUUAGAGCUAUUACAAUUAAACUUUAAAUCAGAAUUCUCUAAAAGAGAGUACUCUCAACAUAGCAGAACCAAUAAAAUGAAAUGCAAACUAUGGAGAACUCUAUGCUCGUUAACUCAUAUCAUUCAAUUUAAUCAAGAUAAUAUUGAACUCUAUGAAAAAAUUUCAAACCUUAUGUGGAAUACUUUAGAACUUAAAAACCAUAGCAAUGUUAGAUACUUAAUUCAGCUUUUCAUUAUCAAUAUUUUAGUUAAAUCACCAAAUAUUAAAGAAACAAACCAAAAACUUGUAACCAAAAUGGAAGAUUCAAUCAAUUCAGAUUACCAAAUUUCAGCCUCUCUUAUAAUUAUCUCUUCAACAUUCCUUUACUACCUUUUAAAUAACUAUCAAGAUUCAUAUGAACAAAUGGUAAUUAAUUUAUUUAAAACUCUUCUUCCAUGGUCAACUGACUUCCAUCAUGCUGUUAGAACUACAUCCCAAUUAGCAAUUUAUACAAUUAUUAACAAGAAAUUUAAAAUCCUUGAACAAUUUAAUGAAAGUGAAUUAAUUAAAUCAAUUUUCAAUUAUUUAGAAAUCAAUAAAAUUCAAAAAAGAUUAAGAGAAAAACAAACCCUAUUUGUUGAAAGUGAUGAUCCAUUAAAGAAAACUUUAGCUGAGAAUAUUUUAAGUGAUAAUAGUAUUGGAAAUACUGGCGGUGAUGAUGAAGAUGAUGAGGGCGAAUCAAAUAAACAACAACAAGAGGAUGAUGACUAUUCAAAUCUAUCAGUUAUCGAUGAUGCAAUUAUCCCAAUGUCAUUAUUGGAUAUUUCAAAAAAACUAAUUAAAGAUUUCCAAGUUUCAUUCCAAAACAAUCAAAAUCAACACUCUGCUGCAGUACCACAACCAACAACAGAGCAAAAGGAACAUAUUCAAAUCAAUAAUAGUAAUGAUGAUGAAGAUGAUGAAAUUUUAGAUUUCCAAAGAAGAAUUACACCAUGGCAAUGGAUAAAUAAACUUGAGGAACACCACCAAAUCAAUAAUACCAAUAAUAGUAACAAUAAUAAUAAUAAAAAGAACAAAAGACAAUCAAUGAUAAUUGUUGGUACAUUUAUCGAAAACACACCAAAUUUAGCUGGUUUAAUUAGAACAUGCGAAAUUUUUAAUGUCGAAGAAGUUGCAAUUCCAAAUCUCAAACUUUUAAAUGAUCCUCAAUUCCAAAGAGUUAGUGUCAGUGCUGAAAAAUUAGUACCAAUUAUAGAAAUCACUAAACCAAAUCUUUUAGAUUACUUAAAACUUAAAAAGAAAGAAGGUUAUUCAAUUUUGGGUGUAGAACAAACAAGCCAAAGUAAAAAUCUCUCAUCAUUCCAAUUCCCUGAAAAAUGUUUAUUAUUAUUAGGUCAAGAACAAAAUGGUAUUCCUGCAAACUAUUUAACAAUUGUGGAUUAUUGUGUAGAAAUUCCCCAACUUGGACAAAUCAGAAGUUUAAAUGUUCAUGUAUCGGCUUCAAUUGUAAUCUGGGAAUAUACCCAACAACAAAUUUUACAACAACAAAAA